AUGUCAAGGCCGCACAAAUUUGACGAGAGGGACCUGGAGGAGUCGAAAGAAAUAGAGUGGACAGACGGAGGAUUACGAACUAAUUCCCAUGACGUCGCCGAGUCCAACGAUGACACCGCGUCGACCGUGGACGUCGACGCAUUAAGUAAUUUGGGCGACCUCGACAACUUGGACGUGGACAACUUGGACGUGGACAACUUUGACGUGGACAACUUGGACGUGGACAACUUUGACGUGGACAACUUUGACAUGGACAACUUUGACGUGGACAGCUUUGACGUGGACGACGGCGUGGACAACGACGACGACGACGACGACGACGACGACGAGGAAAACGUGGACAAAAGUGCAAGAGAGGAGCACGAGGAACUGGACGACGACGAUGUCCAGGACGGCGUCAAACGUCCAAGAGAGGAGCAAAAAGAACUGGACGACGACGACGACGACGACGACGAUGUCCAGGACGGCGUCAAACGUCCAAG